CAGACGUAGAGGAACGAGUGCACGCGCUGUAUCGGGGCAGGGGCCGGUGUAUCAUGGCGACAUACGUGGACAUCCUGAAAAGCGAGUUUCCCGAAAUUGACACCGAAGUAUUUGACUAUAUCACCGGGGUCCUGGACAGUGGCGGUUCAGAUUUUGAGGAUGAAGAGGAAGUCUUCGAUGCCAUUGGUGGUGUUCUCCAGGAGGUAGCGGCGGACAAAAAUGAAGAAGACGUGCGGAACAUCUGUCUUCAGUUGUUUAACACGCUCAGCCUGACUAACUGCCACUCGAACCAAAGGCAGGUGCUGCUUGAUGCUCCGGUACAGCUGUCUCAGAUCUCCGCAGAGUCUGGAACGGCUGCUAACGAUGUGCAGGGCAUCUGGAUGGUGAAGAGAACCCAGAGCACGACCGUGGAUGCCAAGAAGCUGGAAAAGGCGGAGGCCAAGUUACGUGCCAAGCAUGAGCGGAGAACGGAGAAGGACUCGCAGAAACCAGCAAGUGCGCUGGUCCUGGAAGAGGCUUCUGCCAGCCAGGCUAGCAGUAAGAAGGAGAGUCGCGUGGACAUGUCUGGCAGGAAUCGCAGUUACGACAUCCGGAUAGAAAACUUUGACGUGUCUUUUGGUGAGAGAUCCCUACUCCAGGGGGCAGAGCUGUGUCUGGCCAGCGGCCGCAGGUACGGCCUGGUGGGCCGCAACGGCCUGGGUAAGACCACGCUGCUGAAGAUGCUGGCCAGCCGCAGCCUGCGCGUGCCCGCCCACAUCUCCACCCUGCACGUGGAGCAGGAGGUGGCGGGCGACGACACAGCCGCUCUGCAGAGCGUGCUGGAAAGCGACGUCGUCCGCGAGGAGCUGCUCGCCCAGGAGCGCCUGCUCAACGCCCACGUGGCUGCUGGGACAGCGGACGGGUCCGAAAGCCUACGACUGUCGGAGAUCUACACAAAACUGGAAGAGAUUGAAGCAGAUAAGGCCCCAGCCAGAGCUUCAGUAAUCCUUGCAGGAUUAGGAUUUUCAUCCAAAAUGCAGCAGCAAGCCACCAAAGAGUUUUCUGGCGGCUGGAGAAUGAGAUUAGCACUAGCACGAGCCCUCUUUGCCAGGCCUGACCUUUUGUUACUGGAUGAGCCUACAAACAUGUUGGACGUCCGAGCCAUUCUGUGGUUAGAGAAUUAUUUACAAACGUGGCAGUCGACCAUCCUUGUUGUGUCCCACGACCGGAACUUCCUGAACGCCGUUGCAACUGACAUCAUCCACUUGCACUCACAAAGGCUGGACAGUUACCGUGGCGAUUAUGAGAACUUUAUCAAAACAAAAGAGGAUAGGUUGAAGAACCAGCAGCGAGAGUAUGAGGCGCAAUUACAAUACAGAGAACAUAUACAGGUGUUCAUUGACAGAUUCAGAUACAACGCCAACAGAGCUGCACAGGUGCAGAGCAAACUAAAGCUUCUGGAGAAACUCCCUGAACUUAAGCCCAUAGAAAAGGAAUCUGAAGUAGUGUUACGAUUUCCUGAUAACUUUGAGAAGCUGUCCCCUCCAAUACUGCAGUUGGAUGAAGUGGAGUUCUGUUAUAUCCCCGAGCAGCCUCUGUUCGCUGGCCUCUGCGUCUCAGCCGACCUGGACUCCCGGAUCUGCAUUGUGGGGGAGAACGGAGCAGGCAAGUCCACAUUACUGAAGCUACUCAUGGGUGACCUCACGCCCGUUAGCGGAACGAGACAUGCCCACAGAAACUUGAAGAUUGGCUAUUUUAGCCAACACCAUGUAGAUCAGCUAGACCUGAAUGUCUGUUCAGUAGAGCUGCUUCUUAGCAAGUUCCCAGGCCGGACGGAGGAGGAGUACAGGCGCCAGCUGGGUAGAUAUGGCAUCAGCGGUGAGCUGGCAAUGCGUCCAGUGGCCAGCCUGUCAGGAGGACAGAAGAGCCGCGUGGCUUUUGCUCAGAUGACCAUGCCUUGCCCUAACUUCUACAUCCUCGACGAGCCCACCAAUCACCUGGACAUGGAAACAAUUGAAGCCCUUGCAAAGUCAUUAAAUAAUUUCAAAGGCGGAGUCGUGCUGGUCUCCCACGACGAGCGUCUGAUCCGGCUCGUGUGUAAGGAGCUGUGGGUGUGCGAGAGCGGCCGCGUGCACCGCAUCGACGGCGGCUUCGACGAGUACAAGAACAUCCUGCAGGAGCAGUUCCGCAGAGAGGGCUACCUGUGACGGGACGGACGUGGCCGAACCAGCUCUCCCUCAUCGCCCCAGCCAGCUGGCCUCACCCCGACCUGCCGACGGACUCCGCGCGGCGAGGCCAGCCCCUCCUCCCCAACGGGCCCCGCCCACGCCAUCAUGCCUGUCGUCCUCUUCCCUUGUGGGCCCCGCCCACCUGCAACCGACUCAUGCUACGUCUGUGACUGUGAAUGACGCGGCAGGGCAGCCCUGGACUCUACCACACAGGGUCCUCCUCGCUUCGUUCUGCACACAAACCAAAACCAGGCCUCAUGUAAUCAGUGCAAAGAGAAGGGGACACAUGCAUUAGAAUUGUGUUUUCCAUACAACUGAUGUAUUUAACUUAUCAGUGGCAGGUUUAGAACAUGCUAAUAAAAACAUAGUGGUCAAUCAGUUUUAA